AGUUGCCGUUCGUUGUCGCCGGUGUGCCGCUUGCCAUUGCAAUCAUUGUUCGCUUGUUUUGUCAACCCCGUAGCAGUACUGGCAGUGGCUUUUGCGAGUGGUGCUCGUUCGGCAUCGUGAAAAGAAUAUUGGAUAAAAAAUGGGUGACCAACCGAGAAGAGGGGCAUGGGGAAGGGGUCGGGCUAAAGCUCCACCGCCAGCUCAACAGCAGCAAAAGCAGCAGGAACCGCCAAAACCCAUCGGCGCUCCUCUGCAAGGAGCAUGGGCCAGGAGACCCGGGGCUCCGACAGCCCCGGCUCAACCCUCUACAUCGGCGCAACAGAGUAUUGGACGUGGACCGGAGCCAGUUGCAGCAUCCAGAAGCACUCCACCAGCACAAGCGCAGGCUCCUAGGCCAGAACAGCCCCCAGGUGGCGGAGGAGGUGAUGCUAGUUCGAUGGGACGCGGAGCCUUGCGAGGACGACGUCAGCUUCCGCCGGAGCUUCUUAUAACGCGACCAUCUACCGUCUUAUCUAAGCAAGGUACCGAGGGUAAAUCUGUUCAGGUGCAAGCUAAUUACUUCAAAGUAUUGAACGCAACUGAUUGGUGCCUCUACAAGUACCGGGUAGACUUUGCACCCGAGGAAGAUCGUAUUCAAGCGCGAAAAGGUAUGCUCGGAGUACAUCGGGAUAAACUAGGCGCAUACAUAUUCGACGGGACUGUUUUAUACACCAGCAAUCGAUUGCCCCAGCCACUCGAAGUUUUUUCAAAGAGACGCUCGGACGAUGCCAAUAUCCAAAUAGUGAUUCGUCUCGUAGGAGAUAUUUCGAAAGGCGACGAGCAUUAUUUGCAGUUUUAUAACAUCAUCAUGCGCAAAUGUCUGGAAUAUUUACAACUUCAGCUCGUCGGCCGCAAUUACUUCGACGCGAGAAACAAGGUCGAAGUUCCUCAAUAUAAACUAGAAUUAUGGCCAGGUUAUGAAACAUCGAUUCGCCAACACGAGACUAAUAUUUUAAUGUGCGCCGAAAUAACGCACAAAGUAAUGAGACAGCAAACCCUUCUCGACAUCUUGAACGAAUGCUACAAUAAGUUCGGAAAUCAGUAUCAGGAAAGAUUCAAGGCCAUGGUGAUUGGAGUAACAGUUUUAACGGACUACAAUAAUCACACGUACAGAGUGGAUGAUGUUGACUAUUCCCAAUCGCCGAAUUCAACAUUCACUAAGAAAGGCGAAGAAAUCAGUUAUAAGGAGUAUUACAGGAUCAAAUACCAAAUAAAUAUUCGUCACUCUACUCAACCGCUGUUGCUCUCGAAGAGCAAGGAUCGAGAUCGUCGCGCCGGUGCUUCAGAAAUGGUUUGCUUGAUUCCAGAACUGUGUCGAUCAACUGGAUUAACGGACGCGAUGAGGGAAGACCGUACGAUGAUGCGAGAAUUGGCAACGUACACGAGGCUCGAUCCGCGUGGACGCAUUAAUCGACUGAUGAGUUUUAACAAGCGUUUACAUGACGAACCGCAAGUAGUCACCGAAUUUAGAAACUGGAAUCUUCAACUCGACAACAAACUUGUUACGUUGCCCGCGCGAAUAUUGCCCACUGAGGAAAUAACAUUCGGGCAGGGCCGAAGUACAACUGCUGGUGAUAAAGCGGAUUGGACUUUCUCUCUUAGAUCUAACCCGAUGCUCGAAACAACCCGAUUAAACAACUGGGUCAUGGUGAUUCCUAAUCGGGUCGCAAGGGAUGCCGAAGCAUUCGUCGGCACUUUGAAAGGGGCAGUGAAAAAUAUGAACUUCCAAAUCGCUUCACCCCGGAAUUACAUACUCUCCGACGAUCGGGCAGCCGGGUACACUUCUGCCAUCGAGGAAAUAAUGAGCCAGGCAAAUCCUCAACUCAUAUUUUGCCUCGUUAUGAACAAUCGGGCGGAUCGUUACGCUGCGAUUAAAAAAAAAUGUUGCAUCGAUCGCCCAGUACCAACACAGUGUAUGUUGGCUAAAAACAUGUCAGCGAAAGGCGUUCAAUCGAUAGCAACAAAAAUAGCCAUACAAAUGAACUGUAAAAUCGGUGGAGCACCAUGGGCUGUGAAUAUACCCGCGAGUGGUCUUAUGGUCGCUGGAUUUGAUGUCUGCCAUGACACUAAUUCUAAAGGGCGAGAUUUCGGCGCUCUUGUCGCGUCGUUGGAUCGUAAUUUCAGCCGAUAUUUCUCGGCGGUAAGCGCUCAUACCAACGGCGAAGAACUGUCCAACGAUUUGGGCGUAAACAUGUGCAAAGCGCUCCAAAAAUACAAAGAAAUAAACAAAGCUUUGCCAUCGCGAAUCGUAAUUUAUCGAGACGGAGUCGGGGAAGGUCAAAUCCCAUUCGUUCUUGAGCACGAAGUUGAAAGGCUACAAGCGAAAUUGGCGAGUCUUUACGGCAACGCAAAUUUGGUUAAGAUGACGUAUAUUAUCGUGACGAAACGGAUAAAUACCCGAUUGUUUUAUAACGGAGGAAAUCCUGCUCCUGGUACCGUCGUCGAUGAUGUCAUCACGAGUCCUCUGAAGUACGAUUUCUUCGUCGUUUCACAAUUCACGACUCAAGGCUCUGUGUCACCGACAAGCUACAGCGUCAUCGCUGACACAAGCGGUCUAUCAGCUAAUCAGUUACAAAAGUUGUCGUACAAAUUAACGCACAUGUACUUCAAUUGGAGCGGAACUGUGCGCGUUCCCGCUCCAUGUCAGUUCGCCCACAAACUCGCAUUCCUCGUAUCACAAUCGAUUCACGCAAGUCCUAGUAACCAUCUCGAAACUCUCCUUUACUUUUUGUAAAAUAUAUUUUCAUCGAUUUCAAAUGAGUUUUCGCGGGCUCUGUUCACUACGUACAACUUCAAAAGGAUAAAAGCUCCGAACUUUUUAUUUCACGGAUCAAAUCAUCUGGCGUCUCGAUUUUUUUCUCUACUUUUUUGUUCACCAGAAUUAUUUGACGCAAUGUGCGAAAUAUCUCUUUUUAUUAUAUAAUGAUGCAGAAAGGACAAACCAGUUUUGAUCUUCACAACCAUAUCCAAAAGAGUGUGAUUUGUUCAAUAUGAAAAUCAUUUUUUUUGUUCGCUGGAAUUAUUUCUGAAGAAAGCCAAUUUCUAUCAAACUUCUAAAUUUGGGAAGACAAAUUUCUGAAAUAUUCUGAACAUAGUUUAUUCUUUCAACUUAAUCGAGAGAUAGCUUCCAAUGAAAUUUAACAAACCGAUGUCAAUACUUUGAUGUUACUAAUUCCAAUUAGUAAAACUUAUCGGUACGAAUUUUGAUUUUUUUGUUCUCAGAGGUACCAAAUAUCUUGAGUCGCGGCAGCGUCUCGAGACUUAUGUUUUCACGUUUUUCUUCCACUUCGUUUUUAAACUAAAACUCUUGAGGCUAUUGGGAUUUGGGAUUUCUCAUUGCUGGACACUGACAAAUUUUUUUUAUAAACUGAUUCAAGUUGACAGUUCAAUUCACCGUUUAAUAUCUUUCAGUUCAAUUAUUGUAUUGAAAUACGUAAUAAAUACAAUGUACUUUGAA